UGUACAGAAAUUAGCCUGCUUUUCUGUUAAUUUGGUAUUCAAGUUUAAGCGAUGAGUCCAGCAUUUGAAUUUUACAUCUUUAAAGUCAAUCUACAAUAUCAUCGUCUUCAGGAAACUAAUUUUCAGUGGAUUUGGUGAGAACUGCCCCUUGGAAUGUGCUGCUGCCAUUCUAAUCUGGAUGAGAUUGUUCAAAAUGGCUGUGGCCGUUGAUCAACAUCAUGGAUUUAAGCCAUUUAACCGAUCCCAGAGAUGCAAACUCCAAUCCUUUGGUCACCUUGAUCAAAACCUUCUGGAACUUAGCCAAACUAGUCUUUCCCACUCCUUUGAACUAGCAUUUGAAGCCGAUAAUAUUCACCGCAGUUUCUCCACUCCAUGCCUACCCCUAACCACAUUAGCAGGGGAAGACCUUAGUUCACCUCAUCCAAGGAUUGAGAUAGUUCGUGGAAGUGGAGCUCCAGUACAUGCUCUAGUUGUUGAGGUUGCCAUAGCUAUGGCCUCAGGUGUUCAACCUAUUCCACUUCCAAGUGGCUUAGGUGGUGCCUAUGCUUUUUGUAACCAAAGUGGUAACAAUAUUGCCGUAGCAAAGCCAGUAGAUGAAGAACCUUUAGCCUUUAAUAAUCCAAAAGGAUCAGGGUGUCAAAUGCUGGGCCUACCUGGUUUGAAGGGCUCAAUUCGGAUUGGUGAAACUGGAAUCCGAGAAUUAGCUGCUUAUCUUCUUGAUCAUGGAGGCUUUGCUGGUGUGCCUCCUACUGCUUUAGUAAAAUUCUAUAAUGCUGCAUUCUCUGUUACUACAGAUGCAGCCACAGUUUCUGCUGUGCCUAAACUUGCCUCACUCCAACGCUUUAUUGGUCAUGGUUUUGAUGCAGGAGAAUUAGGUCCUUCUUUCUUUUCUGUUGAUUCUGUUCACCAGAUUGGGAUUCUAGACAUUAGACUUCUGAACCUUGACAGACAUGCUGGGAAUAUGCUUGUAAUGAAACAUGACCACAAUAGUUAUGUUCAUGGAGUUGCUGAUCUUGUUCCCAUUGAUCAUGGAUUUUGCCUCCCUGAGUGGCUUGAUGAUCCAUAUUUUGAGUGGCUGCAUUGGCCACAAGCAUCCAUUCCUUUCUCUGACUCAGAAUUUGAGUAUAUUUCAAAACUUGAUCCAUUUAGAGAUGCAGAAAUUCUAAGAACUGAGCUACCUUCAUUGAGGGAGUCCUCUAUUCGUGUUCUUAUUGUUUGCACCAUUUUCUUGAAGCAAGCUGCUGCUGCUGGUCUUUGUCUUGCUGAUAUAGGACAAAUGAUGACCAGGGAAUUUUGUGGUGGUGAAGAAUCACCAAGUGAACUGGAAAAUACUUGUUUGAAAGUCAGGGCUAGCAUCCCUCAUGUUUUCAGAAAUGAAGAAACUGAAGAAGGGUCUGAUUGUGGAAUUGGUGGCAUUUCUUUGGGAGACAUGAACCAAGGUGAAUGGGAAUAUUUUUUGGAGAUUUUUAAUAAGCUUUUGCCUGCAGUUUUUGAGGAUAAGAAGUGCAAGAAUUGAAGCAAAAGUUGGAACAUCAUGGAAGUUGAUGAAUAUGUUUUUAGGAAGAUAAGUAACCAAAACUAGAGAUGAAUCACUGUGGCUUGUAAUUGUACAUUAAUGCCAAAAGAUUCCUAGUGUAGGUUGUAGAUAUAUAAGUCCCUUUAUGACAAGG